UUGCUUCAUCAAGCCCAGACUGAAGUGCGCUCCUUCAGUCCUGCUGAAACUCGGAGCGCACAUCCUGAGAACUAUACGCAAUUUAUUUACCCGUCGCUUAGACUGGACAAAUCUGUUCUACUCACUUCUCGUCUGGGAUAGCAAUCGACCGCAAUUAUGACUACCAUGUUCAGAUACCCCGUGUUUCCAGUACUACCUGUCUCAGAGCGGUGUGUGGGUCAGGUGGAGAUACCAGAGAGACUGCCCCGGGUGCGUAGCAUCAUGGCAGAGCCAGACUACAUGGACGGGGACUGUGAUGAACUCAUCAAGCCCAAAAAACUCAUCAACCCUGUUAAGACCUCCAGGAACCACCAGGACCUGCACCGAGAACUACUGAUGAACCAGAGGAGGGGGUUGGCUCCGCAGAAUAAACCGGAGCUCCAGAAGGUGAUGGAGAAGAGGAAGAGGGACCAGGUGCUGAAGGCCCAGAAAGAGGAACAGGAGGCCCACAAGAAACAAUCCGACCUGGAGAUCGAACUGAUGAAGAGACAGCAGAAACUCGAACAGCUGGAGCUGGAGCAGCAGAAGAAUGAGGAGGAGCAGGAGAACACCCCUGAGUUUGUCAAAAUGAAGAGCAACCUGAGAAGAACCAAGCAAGAGGUGGAUGAACAGGAACGUACCACUUAGAGACCCGCAGGGGUGUCCUGAAAGGAGUCCGCGGCACAUGUCGCCAUGGCGACUGGACUGCAGUUUGUGGGGAUUUCCUUGUGCUCCCUGCCCCUGUGUCCCUGUGAAAAAACAGACUUUAGAUGAAUGGUUCCUUCUGCUGGUUGGCAGAUUUACGCAGUAUUCACUCAAGCCCUGAUGCCAGACACCGACAGCUAGGAGAGGGGUGAACAUGCCCGUGUGUCCACUCUCUCACACACACACGCACACGCUUACACACACACACACACACACACACACACACUUACACACAUCACUGGAGGAUGGGCUUCAGUGGACAUGAUGGGACAAACAAAAACCUUCAUAGACCUUUUUCCCCCCGACAUGGUGUGUCUUCCUUUGUCUUUGGAAAAGCCACUCUAAGCUGUCUUGAAUAAUAGCUUUUAAAAAUGCAAAAAUGGGACACUGGACAGACUCUUGAAGCUGUGUUUGCUAGCCAAAAUUCUUUCUUUUUUAAUUUAUGCCUCCUCCUCCUGAUAGCAGAGGGAGAAAUCUCAGUUUGCUUUCCUACUCCUUUUGUUUGAUGGCAGAGAAUGAUAAAAAAAAAAAAAAAAUCCCCAACAACUUAUUUUGUGAUGCGGAUCAUUAAAGGCCUGAGUGUGUUACACACAGCCUUAUAGCCUUCUGUUUGUUUGUGUGUUUGUUUGUUUGUUUGUUUGUUUGUUUGUAAUAUUGUGCACUCAGCUAUGCCUCUUUUAAGCAAUAUUAGAAUUAGUUUUGUGAGUUUGCUUAUAUAUUUUUGUUGUUUUUUAUGAUUAAAAGGAUUAUAAAUUAACACGUUUUUGGUAAAAUGUGGUAUGGAAGGCUGAAAUGAUGGGGUUUUCUUCAAACCUUUUCUCUCGUGUUGCUCUUUUCCAAAUGGACAUACAGUGCUUUCUGGGAGCAGGUGUGAUGGGAAAAAAGAGUUCUGUGUUAGUUUCAGUAUUCAAAGGGAGCAGACUCUUUGUUGUAUAGACUUGCUAUUAACCAGCUAAUCUGUGUUUUCCCUCAAAAACCCUUUUAAUAAAUAUUAUUUUAU